AUGGACCGCCUUUCAUGCAAUGUCAUCUAUGUUAAUCGCGUCGUUGGCGAGGAUAGAUUGCUACGCGCGGCGCCUGAUACCAACAAUGCAGCCAACGACAACGCUCAAACCAGGUGGAAUUGCGAUGGUGCUAAAGAGCUUGUGCAGCCACUGCUUGACACCUUUGGCGACGUUCAUGUCUGUGGUACAGGCGCGGCCUGUUUGUCGACCCUGUUUCAGCUCCAAGACGGCUCAAUGACCAACAUAAUUCCAACGUUGGUGCUUUUGGAUACACCAUUCGAUGACCAAAUACAAGACCAGCAUGCUCGAUCCAGGUCAUCCUCCCCCACGCCUCCUCCGAUGGCUCAUGCUUCCGAAAUUCACACGCCUAAUGAAGAGUUAUACGGGUUGGGUUUGCUGCAAAAGAUUAUUACCGAAGUUCACCUCCGCAACAUGUCGAAACUUGUCGUUCCCGUGGCCAUUAUCAGCCACCCUGAAACAAGCGUGCCCAACGGCGGCCACCAAAUGACUGACGGUGCUUCGGAAGCAGUGCAAAUUCCGCCAGCAACUCUGGCCGCUAAUCGCCAGUUGAUGAGAACGUGCCUGGAUCUUGGUGCCGUUGAUGUCCUGAUGAGCCCUCUCAGCUCCAAGUGCAUCACUACUCUUGAAAUCUGUGCCUACAAAGCACACAGGGACGCCACCAGGGAGCAGCAAGCGUUGAUGGAGGUCGCCAAAGGUCGAAAGCGGUCCUGGGUCGGGGUUAAUGAACAAAAGCCAUUUGCAUACCUGCGCGAGGCUAUGGUAUCCGGACUCAUGAAUGGUAUAUGCCGCCUGGACAGCAACGAUGGACAGCUUGCCAGCGCCCACAUUGCGGUAUCUUCGACCCGUCAAGUCGAAAUCGCAGACGCCGUGGGUCGGUGGCACUUCUGCGCUCAUUCCUUCUCCGAUGAUGAAUUAUUAGUUGCCGCACUGGUUAUGUUCAAGCAUGCUUUGGCUGACCCUGAAUUAGAGCCAUGGCGGAUACCGGCAGAUCAACUGAUUAGCUAUCUUGUCGCCUGCCGUGCCGCCUACAACAGCUUUGUCCCAUACCACAACUUCCGACACGUUGUGGAUGUCCUGCAAGCCACCUUCAAUUUUCUUGUGCAUAUCGGAGCCCUCGCACCAUAUCCAGCGGGCCGCCAGCAAGGCACUGCUGCAGAGAAGUCACCGAUUGCGGCACUCUUGAGUCCCUUCGAAGCCCUCACGCUGCUCAUCACUGCCAUUGGUCACGAUGUAGGCCAUCCUGGCGUCAACAAUGGCUUUCUGGCGACAUUAAAUGCACCACUUGCACAACUGUAUAAUGACAGGUCGGUUUUGGAGUCAUUCCAUUGUGCCGCAUACUCCCAAAUUCUUCGCCGGUAUUGGCCAUCAGCCUUUGAAGACAGGAAGAUGCGUAGUCUCAUGAUUAGCUCGAUUCUUGCGACGGACAUGGGACUUCACUUCGACUAUAUGAAGAAGCUCGGUGAUGUACAGGAAAGAUUGCAGGAUAAUAAUAGCACCGACGGCUGGAACGGCCGUCAGCUUGAGGAUCAUAAGGCUCUCGCGUGCUCCCUGCUUAUCAAAUGCGCCGACAUCAGCAAUGUGGCUCGACAUCACGACACAGCCCUAAGGUGGAUGCACAUUCUCUCCGAAGAGUUUUCAAGGCAAGCAUCUAUGGAGGAUGAGCUGGAUAUCAAAUCGUCGCUCAUGGCACAGCCUAAGAAGGACAUACUAUCAUUGUCCAACGCCCAGCUUGGGUUUAUGAAUAUGUUUGCUAUCCCAUUGUUUCAAGGGGUUGCAGACAUUAUGCCAGCCAUGCGUUACACAGUGGAUGAACUCGAAGUUAAUAAGAGACUUUUCGAGCAAAAGGUGCAACAGGAAAAGGCAAGGCAGUCUCCUGAUGAACAGAGGUUAAGACGGGGCGUUGGAGAGGGUACCUUUUCGCCUAGGACUAGGAGUGUUACAGGCGAGCGUGACAUCCCAGAAGGCCAACCUGAUGUCAAGAUUGAGCAGGUCAAAAACUUGACUGAUGGGGCAGCAGAGGAGAAAGGAGAAGCUCCGCAGGUUGUAGCCGACGUCGUCGCCAGAGUCGAGCAGCAGGCGCCAAUUGCACCCGAGGAGCCGGCUGAUGUUGCUGCUCAAGUUCCUCCGCGUGGUACUGCGGCGCCGCGCCAGGAUCUCAACGGAACUACAUCUGCCUUCGACGCCGUGCGAGAGCUAGCUGAGAGUGACCCUUUUAACUGCCGGUCACAGGGCGAUAGUGGCACUACAGAGAGCAAAGCUUCAGCACAGUUCGGAAGACAGCGAUGCAGUGAAACCACCGAAGGCAGUGCUUCCGGUGCCAUUGCCGGAGACUGGCACUCGCAAGCCACAACUGCCACGACCGGGAAGAUGGCACUCUCUCCAAGCACCCAGGGCACUAGCAUCGUAAGCAACGAGUCUAUAGAGCGGACACUGAGUGCUACCGGCUUGAAUAUAUCGCCUCCAAGUACCUCGAGUCAUGGGUCUCCAGGCACGGUCCUCCGUGAUACAGGAGCAGGUGAUGACGAACUGAGCCAUGGUGGCAGCAUCGUCAAGGCUGAAGGGAAGUCUCUGAGGAAGAAAUCGAGUCGGUUUAGGAUGAAGGACUUUCCUUUUUUCAGGAGGAAUAAGGCAUCAAGCCCCCCCCUUCCCGCCUCGGACACAACCAGUUGA